AUGGCUGCAUGGAGACAAGCUGGAUUAAACUACAUCAACUACUCGCAAAUAGCUGCGAAAUUAGUUCGCCAAGCUUUGAAGUCUGAGUUCCGUAUCGCUGCUGCGAAACGUGAUGAUACCAGUAAACCACAUAAACAGCCUCGCAGAUCGGUAGAGAGUUUCACUCAUCCCACACCAUGGUUAUAA